AUGGUACAUUAUCUACUCGCUAAUGUUAGUGCCCCCCCUGCAGUAAAUGCCUGUGUAGUAGGUGGUACGCUUGCAGAUAUUGUUCGUGACUACCGAAACCAGGUCGAUUUCUUGGCCGUCUACCUUGCUGAAGCUCAUGCAGGGGAAACAUGGCCUCUAGGAAGUAACACCAGCUACAUGAAGGAACAUAAGUCGCUUCAAGAAAGAAUGUCUGCAGCAAGAGAUCUUCUGAAGAUAGAUACAGAAACACAUGGAUGCAUGACUGAUGACGUCACUGAUGUGUCAAAGUUCCGUCUCGUCGUUGACCAAAUGGACAACCUCUUCUCUAGGAUGUUCAAAGCGUUCCCAGAUCGAGUGAUAUUCAUCCGCGAAGGGAAGAUUGUGUAUUUUGGUAAAAACAUCUUGGGACAAAUGCAGGACCCUUCAAGAUUGAUGACACACGAGGCACGUGAAUGGUUGGAAGAAAAUGUUGGUCCUGCCUUGACGCAAUAG